AUGUCUUCCAUUUUCAAUUUUCAGAGACUGUUGACUAUAGUCUUGCAGCUUAUAUGUACCUGUACUUAUAUCCGAUCCUUGGCACCCAGCCUCCUGGACAAAGAUAAAACUGCACUGUUGAGCAUUUUUUGGAAGUUGCCAGAAUUGGUGAACAAGAGUCCUUACGUUGUGGUGUGCUGUGUAGUGAUGGCCUUCAGUAUCCCCUUCAGACAAUAG